GGCUGCUCGAGACCCCCUUCCGGUGCUGCCGCUUUGCUGUGGGGUGGUGGGAUCCCGACCGGGGCCCCUGGUUUCCCCACGCCAGGCCCCGUGUCUCCCGUCCACCUGCUGGGCGGCAUCACCGGCUAAAAAUACCCCGCGGCGGCAGCUGGUGUCAGUGGGGGUGGAGCCGCAGAGGCGGUGCACCGGGACGGCUCCCUGAAAGCCCCCCAGCUACAGGCUACAAGGACUGGCUGGCACUGGGACCAUGGCUCUCCCGGUCACAUCCAUCUGGUACUGGGAGCUGGGUCAUGUCCCGCUGUCCGUGCGUCCGCCCAUCUCUUCCCUUGCAGAUAACAUUGGACUGUCCCUAUGGCGGAGAAAUUUGAUCUCCGAGAUUCAGAGAGCAGCUGGGUGCUGGCAGGCAGUGAGGGUCUGCCCAUUGACGUGGUGGGUCCAGAGCAGGACUCAACCUCCCACAGGUCUGACGAUGAGGAACCGGAGGAGGAUGAAGGCACCCAGGGCACAGACACAGCCGUGACCACCAACGGUGCCACUACCUUCCUCAGCCAGACCUUGUGCCUUGAGGGCAGUGGGCAGGGGUGCCUGUGUCUGCAGGACCCAGAGGAUUGUGAGGACUCCAGAGUGUCAGCAGUGCCUGCCCUGGAUGGCUCUGCAGAGCCCAGCACACUGGAGGGCAAUGAGCAGGAGGAGCUGAAUGCUGAGGCUGAGCCAAAACCCUGCCCUGACACCUCCCAAGCAGGGCCAACAAUGGAGGACGUGUGCUGCACAAGCAGUGAAAAUAACGUGGAAGGGCUGCGGUGGCGGCAGGGCCACAAGCCCCAUCCUGGGCCCCCCACUUUCACGCCUGGCCCACCCCAAGGGACACCAGACACUGGUGAUGAUGGGUUCAGUAUGAGCAAGUACCUGCUGGGUGCCUUGGCGUUGGUUGCUGUGGGGCUGCUGAUCAUCACUGGUGGUAUCUACGACAUGGCAGAUGAUCCUGUGGAGAGUGUGGGGAGCUGGAACCUGGCUGCUGAGGAACAGGAGUUGCUGCUGUCCACAGACAGCAAUGACUCGCAGCAGAAGCCCCCUCUGCCAGAUGCUGGGGGCCCGCAGAGCAUGCAGUCCAUGAGCCAACUCCUGGACAAGCUGGCCAAAAAGAACCAGGAGAUCCAGCUCAUGCAGGCAGAGUUACAGGCCCACAAGGAAGAUCUGCGGGCACUGCUGCACAGGAGUGAGGGUGAGGUGGCGGCAGCCGGAGCACAGCAGCAGAGCCUGGCCACAGAAAACGCACAGCUGCGUGCAGCGCUGGAGCGGGAGGUCACUGCGCUGAAGGAGGCCCAGGCCGAGCUGCGGCGCCUGCAGGCCACAGGGGCAUCAGGCAGCCCCAGGGAGCCAACAGCAGAGCAGCCGUGUGCCACAGGUGCGCCAGUGCACAGCAGGGCUGCAGUGUGGCAGCGUGGCAGUCUGGAUUCAUUGCGGCAGCAGCUAGCGGCCACCCUGGACCGUGUGCGGGGCUCUGGGGAUCACAAGGGGCUUGUGGAGGAACUAAACACCCUGGACCAGCACCUGGCCCAGGUGCUGGAGGCAGAGGGGUUGGGGUCCUCCUCCAGACCCUGGAAGAAGCCAUUCAAGGUGGAGAAGGAGAGCAAGUGGCACAAGCAGCAUGGUGCCAGGGGGUCCCCCCAAAAGCAGGAGAAGAGAGAGCAUGGCAAACCCUACAGGAAGGAUCCCCGAACCCCCCGUGAACACAAGCCAGGCAAAACCUGGGGGAAGCUGUCUCACAGCCACACCCAGCACGAUUCCCGUGAGUUGCCCCAGCUCAGGUGGCACCGGCCACCACAGGGCUGUUCUGGGGUGACUGACUGUGCCCACAGGGAGGGCCAGGAAGUGCUUGGUGCUGCACUGGAGCCGGUGCAGAAGGUGCAGUUCCUGCAACUGCUGGAGAGCUUCAUGGGGCAGCUAGGCUUGGGGAGACAAUUCGGGAGGCUGGCACCACGGCUUGAUGGGGCCUUUAGGGCUGACGGUGUCUUUGCCCAUGACCACCUACGGUUUGUCGAUUUUGUGGAUGACGUGGAGGAGCUGCUCGAGGAGGUGGCAUUGCAGGAGUGGGGUGACAAGGAGGCGGUUGAUGGCUUUGAGGAGUACAUAUGGCGGCACUACAGUGGCACCUCCAGGAACGUGUGGAGCCAGAGAGCCCCAAAGCAGCAUGGGACGCGUGGGUAGAGCCAGGGGGGCAGUGUGCAAGCACGCCCACACAAGGGCUCCCUAUGCGCUGUUUUUGGGGGUCUGGGUCCUACCAUUGUAUCCUGUAGGGUCAAGUAGGGCCAGAUCCCCCACCUUUGUCACUUUGAGCACUGUGUUAUGCUGCACUGCCACCAUGAAUAAAGUCACUGCUGGGCA